GAAUAAUCUGCUAGAGCUGCAGGCUGCAGAGCACAAACGUUGCCACGCUCGUCUAAUCAAAGUGCCUUUGCCCAGCUUUUGUAGCAGUGUAGAUUGAUCGUAAUGGCGGCCUUUCCCUCCAGUCUGCGCGGAUUCCACAGCCUCUGCAAGCAGCUGCAGGCUUUCUCCUUCACUGGAGUUGUACCACCACUUGCGCUCCACCAAACGGUUUCAGCAGCUUAUCAGCUGUGUCCAGAAAGCGUGGUGAAGACGAUCCCUUCAGAUGAAGCAAAGCAGCCAUCGCUAGAGUCUCGAAAUGGGGGCAGCAUGCCUGAUGAAACGGCCUCAUUUUCUGGUCGGCACUUUGAUUCUGCAAAGGCAUGCAGAAUGAACCUGUUUAACCAGCCAAAUAGCGGCAUUUCGGGGGGGUUUAUGAUGGGUCCAAACCGUGGGUUGGAAGUGCUCCGGUUGCAAAAAGGUCAAUGCAGAGGAGUGCUGUCGGACAGGCAUGAGGUGCGGGGUUAUGCAACGAAGCUGUGGACAUUCACCAGGAAAAGGCUGUACGGAGCUCCUCUUGCGUUUUUGGAUCCGGAGAAGCACCCGCUCGACCAGCCGGUUCCAACGUCGAGUCCGAACGCGGGGAGCAUCAAGGCCCGGGGCAGGAAUCAACGGCGGAGAAUGAAGCAAAGAGCUGCAUUCAAAACGUGGAGUAAAUUGAAGAUGGACGAAGCAGUCAAGGUUGGCAAGGCGAGGCUUGAAAGCGACCGGAAGGCCAGGCAGAGAGGAAAUGCUGAACGCCAUCGACAGCAGUUAUUGAAGGCCGCGGAGCAAUGACACGGACGGUCAGGCAAAAUUUGUCUUUUUGACGUCAGAUCCUUUGCAGACAAUUGCACUUUGCUUGUAAUAGCUGGCCAUGUCCCAAUUUCCUCCAAAACGAUAAUCAUAUGUUGCAUUGAGUCAGAGUCAU